GGAGAGCAGCCGUGCAGCAGAGCGCCCUCAGCCCACCAGCACAGCAAAAAUACAACCCAAACGAUGACAUUCUUACCGAGACGACAGAAGCAAACAAUCAUUUGACAACUUCCGAGCCCGCACCUUGCCUUCGCUGCUCCUUGCUGUAAGCGCCCCGCUCCAGAUCUCCGGCCCCCCCCCCCCCCAGCUGAUCGGCCCCUCCAGUCCAGCGGGACCAUGAUGCUCAGCAGCUCUGUGGAGGUGCCCAGCCCGGGCGGGUUAAGCGGCCUUAGCGGGCUGAGUGCGGCGGCCCGGAACGUGGUGCGCUCCUCCAGCAUCUCGGGGGCCAUGUACAGCCUGGAGAAGAGCCCAGGCAGUGGGGGCCCGGACUCCUCGUCUCUCAGCGGCAACAAGAAGCGGCGCUCCAGUCUGGGCGCCAAGAUGGUGGCCAUCGUGGGGUUGUCGCAGUGGAGCAAGAGCACGCAGCAGCUCAACCAGCAAGACGGCGGGACGAAGAAGCUCCGCAGCACCAUCCGGAGGAGCACGGAGACGGGCAUCGCUGUGGAGAUGAGGAACCGGGUGACACGGCAGGGCAGCAAGGACUCGACCGAUGGCAGCACCAACUCCAACAGCUCCGAUGGAACGUUUGUCUUCCCUACCACACGCCUCGGGCCUGAGAGUCAGUUCAGCGACUUCCUGGAUGGACUAGGCCCUGCUCAGAUUGUAGGACGACAAACACUAGCUACACCCCCCAUGGGGGAUGUCCAUGUAGGCAUGGUGGACAGAGGAGGCCAGCUGGAGGUGGAGAUAAACCAGGCCAGAGGGUUGAUCGCCAAACCAGGCUCCAAGAACAUACCAGCGACCUACGUGAAGGUGUACUUGCUGGAGAACGGAGUGUGCUUGGCCAAGAAGAAAACCAAAGUAGUAAAGAAGAACCUGGACCCCACCUACCAGCAGGCUCUGUUGUUUGAUGAGAGUCCUCAGGGCAAAGUCCUACAGGUAAUAGUGUGGGGGGAUUACGGGCGUAUGGACCACAAGUGCUUCAUGGGAAUGGCCCAGAUCCUCCUGGAGGACUUGGACCUGUCUGCCACAGUCAGCGGCUGGUACAAGCUGUUCCCUACCUCCUCUCUGGCAGACCCCAGCAUCGGACCCCUCACCAGACGUCUCUCCCAGUCGUCCCUGGAGAGCGCCACCAGCCCCUCGUGCACCUAGACACCCAGUAGACACCCACAUGCAGGGGCACAGGCAGAGUCAUGCAGACAUGGACACACGUACUGUAUAUACACAACGACUGUAUUUGAAGUGCAGGACAGGUAGGCAUACUCACAUACGUACACCCAUCUGUGCAGGAAGACACAUGUCGCGAUACUUUACUGGACAUCACACUCGUAAUCUCACCUACAGAUCAGUGUUUUCAGUUUAGAUCAAAUCAAACUUGAAGUAGACUUAAUUUACCAGAACAUGUAGCAUUUUUCACCCUCUCAUUUUAACAUUUCUCAUCAUGACUCAGCAGGGUGCCAUAUUGCAUUCAAAGGCACCAGAUUUCCACACAUGACUCAUCCUAGGGCCAUCUCGAUGCCAGUUUCUAAACUCUCUAUGCCAAACUAAGAAAAAAACUUUAUUUUUUAAAACCAAAGCAAUUGUUAAUGUUGUUAUUCUAAGUAUAAGUAGUAUGUGAAGUAGUAUACAUUAUAAAGUAUGGAUAUGUAGCAGAGUCAAUGACUUAGAUGUAAUGCAAAAAAAAAGAUACAUUUUACACACAUGAGCUGAGAGCGGUAGGACAAACACAUAAACACAAACUUCGGCGACAGGCUCGGAGAUUCACAUAAUGGCCAUUAUGUGAGGUAGCAACACUGCUAUUCUAUAAUUUCCACAGGGCAGAGUUUAUAUAUAGAUAUACAUAAAUAUAUAUAAAUAGAUAGUUAAAACUUAUUUGUGUUUAUGUAUGUAUCGGCUGCAUUCUGCAUGUUUGCUUGCAACCCUUGUAGAGACAUUUUAAAAGUGCUUAAAUCUUUUUUAUUUAGCUUGCCUUGACUGAAGUAACAGGAGUGUAGUGCCACUUUAUUUUGAAAGGAAAGAUCACUGAUAGUUAGGGGGAAGGAUUGUGGCUUUAGUGACAGGGAGAGCGCUUUCAUCGUCAUCUGCUGAGACGGAGAUCAAAUUAAUCAGCCGGCUAAUCGUCUGCUGAUUAGCACGUUUCUGAUCCUAAUUUUAUUGUUUGGUUUUAAAGGACUGUUAGAACACAAAGGAGGUCUGGGAAAUGGGUCCACUAUGUCUGGGGUUCUUUUUCCCACAUGUAGGGAGUGCAACAGCCUCUCUCUGUAAACCAGCACCCAGGAGUGUUUACUCUUCCUGUUGCUUUCCCAGUUUUAUAUAUUUGACUUUUCCUCUUCCUUGAUGGUCAAUUGAUCAUUUAUUGAUCCAUCUGGGGGCUUUACUAUGAAGCGAGUUCAUCUUACCCAGGGUAUCUUUUGCUAUCAAACUGGUUAUCAACCUGUUUACUUACCGACUGACCAAACUCAGAGAUUUGUAGUGUGUUCACCAGGUGGGAAAUUAGCAACCACCGACAGGUAUUUUUGAGCAGUGUUGGGUGAAUUUGCUCAGCUAACCAGCCACUGGGGCAGGUAAAUAAAAAUUGCUUCCUCUGUUGGUUCCUACUGGAUUUAUUAGUGAAGUCGAGCAGACCUACACACUCACUGACCAAAAAAACCCUGCUGUCAGAGAGUCCCCUAAAAUUAAACAAAGCCUGAUUUUUGGCUUGAGACUGCAGAAAAUAUCAUAAAAGUAUUUAAUUCUCUUGAGUUUUAAACUUAUAAUUCAGGAAAUUACCUAUAAAGUUACAGUGCCCCUGCAGGAAGCACAGCAAACAUUUGCACAGUCAAGUACAGGAUAGAUUGGCUGAAAAGUGAGCAACAGUUUUGAUCAUUUGUGCAACAGCUCCCACUUAUUGAAUAGCCCAUAAAUUGAAAAUUUAUUGCAAACAUAAACAGAUCUGGUAGUAAGUAACCUGAGCUCAACAGGCUGCUGCUGUCGUAGUAUUAUUGGUGGAGCUUGUUGGUGGAUAAAGCUCAUAAUGACCCUGACCAUGACAGGUGCAAAAACAUCUUCUCUGUCAAGAGAAGCUCUCUGCUUGCUCAUUGCGCUUGUUUUAACUACAAAAUGUGGCCCAGCAUUUAUAAUGCUGCCACUGUAUCUGAGCUACAUACAGCUAACUAAGCAUACAUAGCUUAGCUAGCUUCAGCAAACUUAGCAUAAGCUAAUAGAAUUUUUUUUUAGCUUAAGGUAUGUAGCUAAAUAUGAAAGUGAAUAGUGUACAAUCUUCAGCUAUGUUACCUACAUAGCUUAUGGAGAUGAGGUAGCUUUGUUAGCUUUAGCCUUAGCUGUGUUAGCUACGUCAGUCUCCUAAAAUGAUGCCCUGGUCUGUUUCAUAUUGGAACUGUGCAAGAUGGAUUUGCCUUAUGAUAGACAGACGUGGAAUAAGGCCAGUCCGUCUGCUUUGCAAGAUUAUCAUACUAUCAAAAAAAAGCCCAUACAGUUAAGACCUAUUUGGUUAGUAGAUUUUAUCACUGGAUCCAAAACAUAAGAGCAGAGCAGGUUAGAUAUUCAGCAUGAGUUACUGUGGUGAUUUAUCCAGGUGUAAGGUGAACCCCCUUUGUGGUAUUGAAGUCCUCCUGCUUUAUAAUGCAGCCCCCAGUGUGUUUGAAUACACAGCAACAAAAAUAUCACCUUUAUCCUCCUUACUUUCCUCUCCGUCACGCAGACUUUAACCAAACCCUGAUGUAAUCAUGAAUCCAAGUCCAGAUUUGUAUUCUCAUAUCUGACUAACACCAGUGUUACUUUGCUAGCAGGGUAUAUUUUUAACCUGCCGUGUUGUUUCAGGUGCAAUAUGCCACUCUUCAUUACCUGUCAGGCAGUUUAAGAUGGCACUUUAUUGUAAAAUGUGUAUCAUGUCUAAUUAUAACAAACAUGCAGUGGUUGACCACCUGUUUAUUUAUUUGUUUUACUUGUAUGGUCGCACUGUAGUGUGUACCUCUGAAUCUGUUUAUUGAAUGCUAGCAUGGAAAUGUAACUUGUGGGGCUUGGGCAGCUAAAUCAGGUCAGUUUUUCUAAAGAUUUUCAACUUCAUCAUGAGAAAUGUAAUUUUAAAAGGGCAUUUUUUUAAUUCUUAAAAGCAUAGCACCAGAUAACAUUGAAAUCCAGUCAAUUUAAUCUUUGAAUUUGUGUUAUCAAAUAAAUUAUUCUAAGCCUUUUUAAUCAUGGCAAGCAAAGAAGACUGACCUGUCAGCUGCUCAAGUAAAAGUGCAAUGGUCGGGUCUUUAUUGAAAGUGCAUAUUUAGCUAUUCAUGGUAAAUGUUUUCUUUAAUAUCCUUCUGUUUAUAACCUGUCUUGAGAUAAACACCAAACCUUGUUUAUGGAUGAAGACACUAAAGACUGUCGUGUUUGAGUAGUUUUAGUAGACAUUAGUGUCUCAAACUAAAGGCCAUUAGAAGCUUGUGUAUUUUAAUGAGCUCACAUUGGGUUUUAUCACCACCAUAUGUUCUGUCUUCUGAGAACUGGGUCUCUCAUUCCUCUUCUCGUCUUUUCUGCAAAAAGGGAAACAUUCUGUUGUUGCAUCACCUCCGAUCGACAGACGUCAGCGCUCUUUGAACUUUGGAUAAAGGGAUUCCCUGGCAUCCUUGAAUUUUUGGGAGGCGGAGGAUUAUUUUUUAAACCUCCCACCAUGUAAAACAUCCCUUUCAGAACCAUCAUGGUGUUGGUUCCAGUUGUUUUUACAUGUCAAAGCUUUUCCUUGCUGGAUCUUCAUUCGUACAGUCGUGUUUAUGAAGUAAUUUCUGUUUUAAUUUGCAUCUAUUUUUGUGGACAGCUGGUAUGAUGUAAAAAUAAGGACUUAUACUCUUGAUAUUUGCACACAUUCUCUUCAGUGGGCACCUUUUGUGGUGGCAAAAAAAGCGUAGGUUAGGAUGGAAAAAAAGAUACUUAAAGAGUGCAAAAAUGUAAAAAGGAAAGUUAUCUAUAGACAUGUCUGGACUUGUACAACAUUCCUGCUGAAUGUUUUUGGUAACUUUAAAAUUACUCUUGAUAUUAUUCAAUGUUAUAUCAAAUAUUUUGGAGCUUAUAUGAAACUUUUAUGUGUCCCUUUAUUGUAUAUUGAGUAAACCUAAACAUUAACAGUUCAAUGGACUGAAAGUUAAGACUGAGAUGAUGCAAAAAGAUGUAGCAGUAUUCUAUAAAAGUUGAGGGCAGAGAGCAUUUGCCAAAUUUAAUUCCUGCGACCAAAAGAUUUUGCGAGAGUCUUUAUAUGUUGUUCCUUAUGAAGGCUUAAUAUGUGACAUUCUGUAUAUUUAUGUAGCAAAAAAUCAAAGUUAAGCAAUGGAAAAUUGGCCUCCUAGAGAGAAAGUGACAUUAUACCCCCUCUUGGUUUGUUGUUCUCCGCACUGUGUUCACACUGAUUGGACAGCACUUAACACACACUACAAUUUAAGGAACCAAUCUACUUUCCAAACCCAAAAAAGGUCUCUUUGGCCCCAAAAAUGAAGUGUUUGGCUAUUGCAUGACCUUAUGAAUACAUAUAAUGAUAUAUUGUAAUAUAAAGAAAAACAAUACAAAAAAUCCCAGAACAAAUAUGUCCUUGCAGACUUGCUGGAAGCCUACUAUGCUUACUGUGGCGUGACUUCGAAUCCCAGUUCAGAAGGAAAUAUCAAGGAUCUGUAUAGUCACUGGAGGGUUAAAUGUUUUGCCUGAACUGCAUUAAUUUACAGAAAACAUCAACACAAAGCCCCAUAGUUAAAAUGACAUGGACCAAAACACUCUGAGACAAAAUUGGCAAACAUUAAUGUGACACCAGAGAAAUCAGUUUUCUUAGUUCUUAUUAUUUCUACCAAGUCUUUAGCUGAAAGCAUUUUGAUAUUUUACGUGAAUGAAAUAUGGAUUAACAAGAUUUGCAAAAUUGUAAAUGGUGUACAAUUUUCAACUAUACAGUUUAGAAUUUCCCCUCUGGGGAUCAAUAAAGUAUCUUAUCUUGUGUAGCUUUUUUAGCUUUACCCUUAGCUGCAUUAGCUUUAGCAAUGUCAGUUUGAGCAAACAUAGCUAAUACUAAUGAAGCUGUGCAGCUAACAUAUUACAUCUUCAGCUUGAGGUAUAAAGCUAUUUUACAUGAAUACAAUAUGGGUUUAUGAGAUUUGCAAAACUGUAACAGCAGUAAUUCUUCAGCUACAUUACCUAUGUGGCUUACUUAGCUAACGUAGCUUCUUUAGCUAUAGCUACAUUGGCUAUGUAGCUGUUUUACAUGAAUAAAAUAUGAGUCAAAAUUUGCAAAACUGUAGACAGCGUACAACCUUCAGCUUCAUUACCGACUUAAGUAGAUAACGUUGCUUAUAUUAGCUUUAGCCUUAGCUGUGUUAGCUUUGUUAGAGUGCUUUCAUGAACGAUUUCAUGAAGGUUUCUACAAUUUGUAAUUAGGUUGAACAAGUCAAGUCUUUUACUUUCAACUUUGUGCAUCCUAGCCCUUACCUUAAACCUAACCGGAAGUUUAAUCCAAUUUUAUUUUGAAAGUUUUUGUGUGAAUUUGCCUUCUGACUGAGGUGGCGUCUCACAGCAGUGGUCUGCAGCCAGACGGUCUUUCAUGUAACAGUAAAUGAGCUGAAAGGUUGUUGGUUAAAACAGUGAGUCUUCUGCUAGUUAUACCCAUCCUUAUUAAAGAGAUAAAAACCAAACCCACGCUGACAGUUUCACUUGUAAGGUAUUUAUCAUUACUUGUCUGCUGCUCUCCGUCUCAUUUGAACUUGCUGGUGAAACAGGACCAUUGGAGCAGCUUAAGCAUGGAAACAUUAAGGGAGAGGCAAGCUGAGGGAUGGAGUCCAAACAGAGCACUUGUUUUGUUCUGAAAAUCUGCCCUGAAAGUCACAUACUAAGCCUUUAAAGUGCGGCUGGGGUUUACACAAGUUGCAUUCUCUUGAAGGGUGUCAGAGCACUGAGAUUUAAUUGAGAGAUUUCAAUGUGUAGAUAUUUUUGAAAAAGCAGCUUACUUAUUUAAGGAUCAGCAUUUCAGAUCAUUUUAACUCUUUUCUCUUGCUUGAGCAUUUAUCUUAAAUGAAGAAUUUAUAGUAGUAUCACAUGAUUUAAGAUGCUUUGUCUCAUCAUAUUUGAUUUAUUUAAGCAGUUUGAGAGUUGAAGAAGGUUGAACUAUAGCGAGACGGGUUUUCAGAGAGUUUGUAAAGCCAUUGAUGAAAGCAGAUGCAUGCAUGCAGGUUAGCAUUGUAUUAUUCAAAGUGCUACUUAAGGACACUUUGGAGCAGUUUAUUGGAAACAGCACGAGGCACAUAAAGCUUUUUAUGCGGCGUUUCGGAUAGACAAGUUGGCUCAGCUGAGUGUGAAUGCUUGGGAAUGUAAACCCAUUAGCUUGCUUGCUUUCCUGUAAACCCUCCCUCCCUUUCCUGAGCAUUCUCCGACUUAUUGUGCGCAAAACUUUUCUAAUCAAUCAAACGGAGUCAUUUCUUGAGCGCUAUGUUGAAAAUGUAUUUUAUUUUUGUAAAGAGAGAGCGGUAUUAUUCAGAGAAAGAAGAGGAGAGAGGCGGCGUGUAUUAAACCUGCCUUUAGAUUUUCGGCGGGGGAAAAAAAAGAGGGCUCGUUCAGUUUACAAUGGCCUUAUUUUGUGUAGGAGACAUUGCUUCACUAUUGUAGCACACAACUGAAAGUUUUGACAAAAUGUAUUUUGCUUGAAAUAUUGUACUGAAGUUCUAUAUGUGUAUAUGUAUAGUUUUAUGAAUGUAUUUCUUAAUCCUUACACCAGAACUGAGUGUAAAUUUUUUUGUCAUCUUGUUUGCUAAACCGUCUCUUUGAAGACUUUCCAGGGACCCUUGCCUGCGUUGGCCCAGGCAGCCCCCUCCCCUCCUACUUUGACUGUACUGUAUACUGUUUGUCUUCUUCUUUGUGUGUUUGUUUAAAAGAACAGCUCUGUGGUUUGUACAAGCAUGAACUCUUGUCUGGCGAAAUGCAUUUUUAUUUAUUUAAAAUCGCCAUGAUGGAUUUCUAACAGAACGGAUCGCUUUCCCUCCCCUGCACCGAUCUUCUUGAGCUGAUGGAAAUGUUUUGAGUUUUGUAUUUUGAACUUGACAGUGUUUGCAGCAUGGUUACUCUGAUGAUUUUCUUGUAUUUAAUCUUAAAGAGGGAAUGAUUAUGAUGAUAAAACUAUUGAAAAGGAGCGAUUAAAUCAAUUAGACCCAGUACAAGUGGAAGCAAAUUGUCACAAAUGCUGUAUCUUAAAGUAGCAUGGACUUAGCCUUCCAUUUAAGAAAUACUUCUUCUGGCAAUAACCAUUAGCUGUAGCAUCUGUCACGUCAAGCCUUGGCCUCGUUCAUAAAAGCCGGGUUUGCUGACGAUUAUGAAAAAAGUCCAAUUUCAUUUUCACAGCACUAAAAGUUAGCAUGCACUGCAUUACGAAUUUCUUCUAUUUUAUGAUCAACAACAUUAAUUUCUGACUUUAUCCUCUUACUUUCACUUUCUAAUGAAGCAUGCAGUCCAUGUGUCUGUUUGCAAAUGUAGCAGCAGUCAACAGGCUCAGCAUUGGAGUUUUUUUGCUGUUGAAUUUACCAAUUUGUCUUCAUCCACAUCGCAGCACAAGAUUCUUUAGUAGCCAUCCUGUCCUUUAAGCUGUCUGUCAGUCUUGACAAAGGCCUCUGUAGCUCCCCUAUUCAAAGGCAACCUUCGUUUUAUCAAGCCCAGCGAAGCACAAACCUCAAACACAGCCUGAUCUAAUGGCUCGAUAUGGAUCCUCAGACUAAACAAAUCUUUGUGAAGGAAUCUUCACCAAGCACAUGCAGUCGACUGAAAUUUCUGGAAGCAAAUGGAAAGCAAAUGGGCCCAGUAAAAUUAGUUUGCUGGUGUUGGUAGAUAAGCGGUUGUCUCUAAAAACGGCCUUAACCUUUCCACCGAGCAGUAUUCACAGAGAGCGUAUUAAAGGGCAAAGCAUAGCAGACCGUCUCAAUGAGAGGAUGUGAUUUAUGGCAAAGAGGGAAAAAAGGGAGCUGUAAUUUUAUACCUGUGCUUUGUAAAUGUUUUCUAUGUGCAGUAUUUGAUAAUGUAAAACUGGUAUUUUUGUGGUUUGUACGCUGCAGAAUUGAUUACUUAAGGUGCACGUAGUUUUGUAAGAAAAUAGAACCAAACUGAGGACAAAAAAAAAAACAAUUUCGGAUU